AUGCAGAAGUGUGUGUCAUCUGAACGAUGUGCAGAACUGAUCAUAAUCGCUGCAUCUCAUAACUUAAAUGAAGCUUGGAUUUCAUAUCAGCCAGUACUGCUCGUGAUGUAUCUAGUGCAGUACAUGCCUUUCAUUGGCUUCUGGCUCAUGGACAAGACGAGAGCUUGUUCGACCUCAACGUACAUUGACACUAACGAACUCUUUACAGAAUUGAAGGAAAAGUGGGAUGGUCUUGGGAUCAAGACGACUGUGAUUAUAUAUGGAAGAGGAGCCAUUGUUGCUGUUUGUUUAUCUUCCAUUCUUGUUUGGUUAUCUUCCAUUCUUGUUGGUGCCAUCAACUCUGUUCCUAUGCUUCCGAAAGUUUUAGAGCUUGUUGGUCUAGGGUUUACAGGAUGGUUUGUCUACAGAUACCUUCUCUUAAAGUCAAGCAGAAAGGAGUUGGCUGAGGAUAUUGGUUCCUUGAAGAAGAAGAUCACAGGGACCGAAUAGAUUCUUUUCAUAAAAAUAAAUAAACAAGCUUCCUUUCUUUGUGUUUUUUCUUUCUGUAAU